GCUCAGCAGGUGGCGGUAAUGCACCUUACAGUUGGUAUGCAACCGCCAUAAAACAACACUAGAAGAAGAAGAAGAAGGAGAAGAAGAAGAAGAAGAAGAAGAAGAAGACACGAAGAGAAUCUCCCACUAACACAGCAGGGCUGUUCUUCCUGACCCUACUAAGCUGACAGGUGGUGUUGCUCCCCAUCCGCGAUGCUGUCUCACGGCUUCAAGAGCAGUAAGAAGGACUUCACGUUUGGACCAUGGACUGUGACCGCUUCCAAAAAUCACAUCAUGAAAUCCAAAGACAUCGAACGGUUAGGGGAAGAGUUGAACAUGCCCUCCCUCCCAGAGAUGUUGUUUGGGGACAACGUUCUGAGAAUUCAACACUCUGACAGUUUUGGCAUUGAGUUUAAUGCCUUCGAUGCCCUGAAAAGAGUCAACAAUAUGGAGGACUCUGUAAAGGUGGCCUGUGCUCAAGAGUGGCUGGAGAGCAGAGCUGAUUCUGAAGUCUCCAAGGAGGUGGUGAGACCUUUUGACUGGACAUACACCACAGACUACAGAGGAACUCUGAUUGGAGAAAGUCUGCAGCUGAAGGUGACAAAGACAACAGAGCGCAUCAACAUGGAGAAACUUAAAGCACGGGAACACAUCGUGUUUUUUGAAGAAGUAUUGUUGUUUGAAGACGAGCUACAUGACCAUGGAGUCUCCAUGAUCAGUGCCAAAAUUCGAGUGAUGCCCACCAGUUUCUUCUUGUUGCUGCGUUUCUUCCUGCGUGUGGAUGGAGUCCUGAUCAGAAUAAAUGACACGCGACUGUAUUAUGAGAAUGGAAGUGAUCACAUGCUGCGGGAGUUCACCAUGAGGGAGAGCAGAAUAUCAGAACUUAAGAACCUUCCUGUAGCGCUCUUCACGGACCCGAAUGAGAUCGCUCAGUAUCUGACCCUGAAGCUGACGGAGUGUGAGAAGCUGGAGCUUCCUGUGGUGCAGCCCCACACUCCUGUUGCAGAAAUGAUUCACUGAAGUUUCUGUGCAGGAGUUUCUACAUGUGACUGCAGCUGCGUGACGUUAGCAUGUCCCGUGGGCUUCUGUUCACAGCUGGAUUCUACAAAGAUACAACUGUUAAAAUAAUCCUGUCCCCAUGUUUAUACUCGUUUUAAUUGUA